GUCGCAGUGCCAUAGACGAGCUCGUCGCGAUCAGUGCUUACGAAUACGUGACAUAUAUUUUCAAUGGGAAAAGUCAAGUAUCAACGGCUUCAAGCGGAAGCCGCAUCGGCGGAUAAGUUAUCAAUUUGGCAAAGGGUUCUUAAAGUGAUCGUUAUAUGUGCUAUAUUGAUUUUAACUGUUUGUUAUAAUUUGCCAGUUACUUUAAUCACGAAUAUACCCCCUUCUAAGUCUCCAAAACGGAAUGAAUCGUUUUAUGAUCAAGAAAUCAUUGAAAGUCAAGCUUCAACCAUUUCUCUGGAUGAUAUCACAAGUACAAGUCCAACUGUAAUCAAUUUAUUUGAUGAAAUCACAACAUCAGUUUUAACUCAAAAUCAAACAGUAACCAAUUCUCUAGAUGAUAUUAAGAGUUCAACCUCGACUCCGACGCAGUUCAUUAGUUCAACCUCGACUCCAAGGUCAAUCAUAGACUCCAAUCAGACAAACUACUUUGUCUACACAUCCCAGUGUCAAAUGCCCGCAGUUAAUCCCUUUACAAAGGAUGUUCUUAAGAUUUUUAAAAAGACUCCUUAUAAAUCUUGCGAUUCGAGUAAGGAUAUAAUAUCUGUAGUCUAUGAGCCGAAGGAACGUCAUUAUACACUGCACAUAAAUGUGGCAAAUUUCAGUUGUUGCUAUAAAACAAUUCUACGUUCCGGCGUUGGCGGUCAGGCGGAUAAUAAAUUCAAGCUUUUGCCAUGCAGCAACUUUCAUCAGGAUUUUGUGGUGCCACAAUCUGUGGAAGCUAUUCUAACCCAGUGUCGAGCCUUGAAUGGUAAAAAGAUUGUGCAACAGGAUGCCUUUGGUUUCGUGCAACCAAAAAGUCGAGAAAUCACUAAGCCAGCUCUUAAUGCUUCUGUUGAUGGUGAAUCCCUUGACAGAAGACCAAGUGUCUUGCUUUGGGGCAUUGAUUCCAUGUCCCGCAUGAACUUCCAACGUACCAUGCCACAAAUGUACAAGUAUUUGAGGGAGGAAAAUUGGUACGAGCUGCAGGGCUACAAUAAGAUCGGCGACAACACAUUCCCCAACUUGAUGGCCGUAUUGACGGGUUUCAAUAAUACAAGAUCCAAUUCGGUUUGUAGACCUCACGAAGUGGGCGGCAUGGAUGCCUGUCCUAUGCUCUGGAAAUAUUACAAGAACAAGGGAUUUGUUACAGCUUAUGCUGAGGAUUGGAGCACCUAUGCAACAUUUAAUCAUUUGCUAAAAGGCUUUCGCAAGCCUCCGACCGAUUACUAUUCACGUCCUUUCAUACUCGCCAUCGAGAAGGAACUGAAGAAGGAAUAUGAGUCGGGGAUUCCCUAUUGCGUCGGACGUCGCCAUUAUGCGGAGUAUGUUUAUGAUGCUGCUCUACAGUUUACGAAAGUCUAUAAGAAAGAGUCGAAAUUUGGAAUGUUCUGGACAAACUCAUUUAGUCACAAUAACUUUGCUUUGCCCACAUCUAUGGAUGCGAGACUUUUGGAAUAUAUGCGAUCCCUAAACAAAAGUGGAGUCUUUGAAGAUUCCAUAAUUGUGUUCUUCAGCGAUCAUGGAAUGCGUUUUGGAGAUUUGCGUAAUUUGGACAAUGGAUUUCUGGAGGAACGAAUGCCCAUUCUGUAUAUUUGGCUACCCGAAUGGUUUAAAACGGAAUAUCCAGAGUUUGCAGAUAGUUUAAAACUAAAUAGAAAUCGCUUAACUUCAAAUUACGAUAUCUAUGCAACAUUGAGGCACAUUCUGGAACUGGAUACCCCACAGGCUGAUCUUCCCAUACCCGAAGGUUGUCCAAAAUGUCAUAGUGUCUUCUUUGAAGUCGACGAAUCUCGAGGCUGUAAAGAUGUUGGGAUCGAUGAUCAUUGGUGUACUUGUCAGAAUUUCGAAAAUGUAUCAGUAAGUGAUCCAACCGCAUGGAUUAUUACAGAACAACUUGUGAACGCUACAAAUAAUUACUUGGCUAGCAAUAAUUUGACUGGAAUUUGUGAGACACUGAGACUAUCGAAUAUUGAGUCGGUACAGCGGGAAACCAAAUUAGGAACGAUUAGAUCGGACGAGUACUUGAUCAGAUACGAGGCUGAGCCGACAAAUAUUCGCUUUGAGGCCUCAACUAGAUGGAAUAAUGUGACAAAACGAAUCUCCAUUUCUGUGCCAGAUAUUAGUCGACUGACAUCAUACAAUCAUGUCUCGGACUGUGUAAAUGAUGCUGUGGAAAAGAAGUUCUGCAUCUGCUCCGAGAACGAGUAGUUUGUAAAUACUCGUAGCCGUAAUUGGCACAAUCAACCCCGAGAGUUAUUACCACAAUACCACAUCUGCAGUCGCCUCUAUGUCCACUUUCUAGUAUCUAUUGUUUCCAAUCCUAUCGCUAGUUGGAAUCUAUUUCCGAAACCAAUUUAGACCAGGGAUUGAGCACAAAUUAGUUGACAAUUAUAUGACAAUUGCAAAAAGUAAUUGCUGCAAUAUCAUGAUGAGCGCACAAAUGAUUAGUUUAGGUCUGUUGUAAACUCAUAAAUGGGUUAUAUUUGCCCAACAAAUCUGAGUUAAUACCAUUUAAAAGUGUUUUAUGUUAUAUAUAAAAUUUUGUUUAGACCACAUAGAAUUGAUAUAAUUGUCUUAUCUUAUCGCUUCAAUUCCAAGUAAAAGCUUCAAUUCUAAAUAAAACUCAGACGGCAAGUUCAAAACUCACGAUGAGAUUAGCUGCUUUUAUCUGAUAUUAUUGAUAGUUAAUUAUAAACUUUGUAUAUAAGCUAAGCAUUUCUAUAUAU